AUGGGCAAAGCAAAGAGAGAAUCAAGCAUCAAGAAAACACCAUAUACCCGAAACAAUUCAACAAAGCCCAAAGACAAAAAGGCAAUUGUCAAGAACAAAAAGCCCUUGACUAAAUCCGAGAAAUUAAAGAACGCCGACAUCACUGAGGAUUUGGAUAAUUUGAUGGAUGAUCUUACACAGCACCUCGCACCAAAGAAGAAAAAGGCCAUCAAGAUCAAGAACGACAGCAUGGACGAUACAUCCAAACUAGAAGAGGAGCAACGCCGUUACGAGAAAACACAGACUGACAUGGAUGAUGCAUUGGGUUUAUUGACUAGACUAUAG